AUGGAGCGGGAGCCCCUGGUGGCGCGCUCCGGCCGGGCCCGGCGUGUGCUGGCCGCCGCCUCGUGGCUGCCGUGCGUGGCCCUGGGGCUGGCGCUGGGCUCGGAGCCGCUGCUCACCGCGCCGCCCGCCCACCACUGCCGGCCGGACCUCGCGCUGCUGCCCCCCGCGCUGCGCGCCCUCCGCGGACCCGCGCUGCUGGCCGCCAGUGUCCCCCGCCUGGGCCCCUCGGGCGCCCUGAGCCCCUGCCUGCCGCUGCGCUACCCCAACGGGACCCGGCCCUGCACGCGCGGCUGGCACUACGCGCUGCCCGCCGCCGGCCUGCUGCGGAGCCCCGUGACCCAGUUAACAGGUGAUUGGCGUCCCCCACAGUGGAACCUCGUGUGUGAGGAUGGCUGGAAGGUACCCCUGGAGCAGAUGAGCCACCUCCUAGGCUGGCUGCUGGGCUGCGUCCUGCUGGGCACGGGCUGUGACUGGUUUGGACGUCGGGCUGUGUUCGUGGCCUCCCUGGUGCUGGCCACGGGCCUGGGGGUCAGUGAGGCCCUGGCUGCCAGCUUUCCUGCCCUGCUGGCUCUGAGGCUGCUGCACGGGGGGGCCUUGGCAGGCUUUUCCCUUGCCCUCUACGUGGCUCCAGCAGGCCUCUUCUUGGUGCUAGCCCUGCUCGCACAGGACUGGCGCCUUCUGCAGGGGCUGAGCGCCCUGGUAACAGGACUUUUGCUGCUCUUUUGGGGGUUCCCAGCCCUGUUCCCUGAGUCUCUCUGCUGGCUGCUGGCCACAGGACAGCCAGCCCGAGCCAGGAGGAUCCUGUGGCAUUUGGCGGAAGCUGAGGGUGAGGACCCCGAGGACAGCCCGGAGGAGGAGAGCUCCCUGGCUACAGCCACAGAACUGGACAUGCUGGGUGCAGGGAGCCCUCAGCCCUAAUACCACUCCAUCCUGGAGCUCUGGCACACCUGUGUCGCCUGGAGAGAUGGACUCAUCCUGGGCUUCAGUUCGCUGAUCUGUGGGGGCAUCAGAGCCAGCUUCCUGCACAGCCUGACCCCGAGGGACCCCGCCUUCUACCAGCCCUACUUCCUGGGCGCUGGCCUGGAGGCUGUAGCCAUCUUGUUGCUGCUGCUCAUGGGGGACCGCUGGGGGCGACGCCCGGUCCUAUUGCUGGGCACCCUGGUCAUGGGCCUGGCAUCCCUGCUGCUCCUUGCUGGGACCCAGUACUUGCCAGGCUGGACUGUGGUGUCCCUCUCUGUCCUGGGCCUCCUGGCCUCCCAGGCCAUGUCUGCACUCAGUAGCCUCUUAGCGGCAGAGGUGCUCCCCACCGUCAUCAGUCUUCGUGUCCUUUGCCGUCCUCGCCUUGCUGUGCAUCCUGCUGCUGCCUGAGAGCCGGG